UCGAGAGCAAAGCGGGGAAUAAGGGGAAUAGCCGGCGUGCUUUGAUUUAACCAUCUACAUCCAAUUUAACCUCUUCUGUUGUUAGUGUUUGUGAAAAGUGUGUUGUCGCCACAUUUCCUAUUGAGAAGGGCGAUUUUUAUUUGCUGUGUACGUUGGCAAUACGCCUGGACAGCCUGUCUGAGCCUGUCAGUGUUUCGUUCCUACGUAUCGAAGAACACCCACCUGCUACUGCGGGAGUUCUUUCCACGGUCGUGCUUUUGAUGACAAAAUGUUGAAGAACUAAUUGUCAGAAGUGCAGCAGAGUUGCAAAGGCAAAAGCUUUCCGUUGUGACACACCCACCUGUUUCAUCUGUUAUUGGAAAAUGUCGAGACGUUCUAUUGAUGUGGAACUGCUUUGCGACAUUUGCUCUCAAAAUUUUGACUUGACCCUCUGUCGUCCCAAAGUUUUGCCUUGUGGACAUACUAUUUGUAAAAGAUGCCUGCACAAUCCUGCAUUAGAGAAAAAGUGCCCAACUUGCAGAAAGGACUUGACAGUUGGCCCCGAAGAUCACCCCGACAACGUGUUCAUCAUCCGAAUGAUCGAGAGUGACGCAUCACCGCCCUGCAAGGUGCCCAGAAAGGAAAAUGCGAAGCUGCAACAGCUUCAGCGGGGCCUGGACCUGGGGAGGAACUUGGUGCAGCAGCUGCAGCAGAUGGUCCCCAUGGCGGUGGCGGCCCUCAACCGCCAGAUGGAGUCCUGGGCCGCCCAGGUCCGCCAGCUGGAGGAGGCUGUAGAGCGAGAGGCAGCAGGUGGCGAAGAGGCCAACUCUCAGGAACUAACGACCGAGCAGCUCGAGCUGAUGGCGAAGCUGGAGGACAGCGUCCGGCUGCUCACCAACGACAAGUGCAGUGUGGUCGCGGAGGGAGGAGAAUGCACCUGGAGGGCCUCGGUGCAGCCUGGACAGUUCGACAACAUUCUGCACCUGCUCUUGCUGCAGCUGCGAGCCGACGGACCGCUGGAGAAGGUACGCAUCAGCAAGGCUUGUCACGACGGGUGUUGGUGUUUUCAAUAG